AUGUCCCGACCGGUACUUGCAACAGGCCAUGCUGACAUCGUCAACGACACCGAAGGCAACUGGUGGGCGGUAUUUCUUGCAACCCGCCCACAGAACCCACGGAACAGUACUGGUCUCCCCCAGCUGGGCAGAGAGACUUUUCUUUGUCCGGUCACCUGGGACGAUGAGGGAUGGCCUAUUUUCAACAACGGCAACCCCAUCAUUGAGUACGAAGCCGAUGUCCUCUAUGACCUGGACAGGCCUCAAGUCUGGCGAGACGAAUUUGAUGGCGGGCUUGUUGAUAAGUCUUACUACUACUUGAGAACGCCUUACAAGGACUUCAAAGACUUUGAGUCUAGCCCUGGGAAGCUUCGUAUCCGAGGGAAUGUCUACACAUUGAAUGACAGAGAGACUCCCGCAGCCUUACUUCGCAAGCAGGUUGAUCUCAACACUACCUUCAGCACUGAGGUGAGCGCGUUUAGCCCGGAGAACUGGAGACAGGAAGCCGGGGUAAGCAUUUAUCUCAGCAUUCACUACCACAACGAAAUCGCUUUGACCUACUCGAAUGCGACGGGCAAGCGGGCAAUCGUGGUUCAUGCAAGAACGGGUAUCGAUGCAACACUGAACACAACCUAUGUCGAGGAUGAAGAAGUUGCUGCAGGCGCGCCCGUCAAACUCUUCAUUGAGGCGAAGGACGUUGGCUACCGUCUGGGAUAUUCAACUGGCAGUAAUGACCCCCAGUGGCUUGCCAGUGUCGAGAAUCGAUGGCUACAGUCUUACGUUGAGGGCUGGCAGAAUUUUGUCGGCAGCCAUUUUGCGAUCUACAGCACUGGUACUAGACUACCUACAUUGAACUCUGCGGAGUUUGAAUACAUCCAAACUGAGUUGAACUGA